AUGGCACUGUGGCAAGAAGGCUGGUGCCAUAAGGUGUUCAUAAGGAAGAGGAAGGAUGGAGUUGAAGUGAAAGAACAGAGUGGGGAAGAAAAGCACGAGAGUGACGUGGAGGAGAAGAAAGAAGCGGGAGUUCUUAAUCAAUACGAAGUACUUUACAGAAGAGAGUUACAUAGAUCCAGAAUCUAUCACUGGUGCGGUGAGCGUGGAUCGAACACGCGACCUUCAGAUUGGGAUGAUUUUAAGCAGAGGAUGUUACUGCGAUUUACAGAAUCGAUUGAUGAUGAACCAGAGACUAGACUGUUUACAUUGAAACAAACAGGAACGGUAGCUGACUACGUUUCAGAGUUUGAAACACUUUCAGCUCAAGUAACUGGCUUAUCUGAUCGAUUACUCGAGAGGUUGUUCUAUACGGGGUUGAGUACUGAGAUGAAGGAAGUGAUACGCAUGAAGGAACCUCACGGCUUACAAAACUUCAUUUCUGCAGUGAUAAGAAUGGAGUCCAGUGUGUUUUGUAAGGUGGUUAGUACUACAACAGUCCAGACUAGUAACAGGAAGACGAAUGCAGCACCUCCGAAGUGGCAAAACAAUGACAAGAAUAAGAGCAUUGUCUUACCUAAUAAAGAGAAUGUCGCCCCAGCGCAGACUUACCAGAGGCCAAGACUGAAACAUUCUGAUGCAGAACUUGAUGCAAUGCGAAGAGAUAAGAUUUGCUUCAAGUGCAAGGCACCGUGGUCUCGCGCUCAUGCUGACGUAUGUCCUAACAAGGAACUACGGAUCUUGACAUUGCUUAAUGGCUGGGAAGUAGAAGUGUUAGAGCAAGAAGAAGAAGCAAUGAUCAUGAACAACAACUAUAAUGGAAACGAGUUAAUGACUCUGUCAUAUAACUCUUUCCUUGGGAUUUCUUCUCCAAAGACAACUAAGAUGAGAGGGAGAAUAAAUCAAAAGGAGAUAAUUGUCAUGCUUGAUAGCGGAGCAUCCCACAACUUCAUUUCACCUUCGGUUGUGGAUAAGCUACAUUUGAAAGUUUCUGCAGAUUGUGGCUUAGAUGUGCUGUUAGGGAAUGGAGUUACUGUGAAAGCAUUUGGAGUAUGCCGAGCAGUUAACUUUGUCCUCAAUGAUACAGUAUUCACAUCAGACUUUAUCUCCUUAGAACUGGGAAGUGUUGAUGUCAUUUUAGGUGUUCAAUGGCUGGAAACGUUAGGUAGAUGUGAGGUUGAUUGGAAGGAGCAGGAACUCACAUUUACUUAUCGGGGAAAACGGGUGACUUUGCUCGGUGAUAAAGAGUUGCAUAACACCAAGUUUUCCUUAAAGUCAUUGUCUCCUUACUGUAGUAGUGUUACCAGGAGGGACGUACAGUGCUCUACUACAGUGGUGACAUCCUUAGUACCAGAAGUUAACAAAGAACUCCAACACGUCUUGGACAAAUAUGAUGCUUUAUUCGCUUUACCAGAAGGCCUGCCUCCCAUCAGAGGACAGGAACAUGCUAUCAACUUGGUGCAAGGAAUCUCAGCGGUAUCAGUUCACCCAUACCGCUAUCCUCAUGCCAGGAAGGUAGUCAUGGAACAAAUGGUUAACGAAAUGUUACAAAGCGGCAUCAUACGUCCAAGCGUUAGUCCAUUUUCGAGCCCAGUGUUAUUGGUCAAGAAGAAAGAUGGUGGGUUUCGAUUCUGUGUGGACUACAGAGCGUUAAAUCGUUCAACUAUACCUGACAAGUAUCCUAUUCCGGUUAUAGACCAGUUAUUGGAUGAGUUAUAUGGAGCUGCUGUCUUUUCUAAGUUGGAUUUGAGGUCUGGUUAUCAUCAAAUCAGAAUGAGAGAAGAAGAUAUAGAGAAGACUGCAUUUCGAACAGUGGAGGGACAUUAUGAAUUCUUGGUUAUGCCUUUUGGGUUGACAAAUGCUCCAGCUACUUUUCAAGCUCUGAUGAACAAGAUAUUCAAACCAUUCCUGCGGAAGUUUGUCCUAGUCUUCUUUGAUGACAUUCUAGUCUACAGUCCUAACAUGGAGGUUCAUCUUGAACAUCUACAACAAGUACUAGAUGUUUUACAGGAACAGAGGUUAUUUGCAAACAAGAAGAAAUGUACAUUUGGUGUGAGUCAAGUGGAGUAUUUGGGUCACAUUAUUUCCAGUGAAGGUGUGGGCACUGAUCGUCACAAGACGGAGGCAAUGGAUCGUUGGCCAACUCCGAAGUCGGUUAAACAGUUGAGAGGGUUUUUGGGUUUAACAGGGUAUUACCGCAAAUUUGUGAGAAACUAUGGGGUUAUAGCAAGACCUUUAACACAUCUUCUGAAGAAAGAGAAUUUUUUAUGGUCAGGAGAAGCGCAAACAGUUUUUACCGAUUUGAAGAGAGCAAUGACGACAGCACCGGUAUUGGUUUUGCCUGACUUUACAAAGGUUUUUGUAGUCGAAACAGAUGCUUCAGGCAUAGGAGUGGGAGCGGUGUUGAUGCAAGACAAACGGCCUAUAGCAUUUUUCAGUCAUGCCUUAACAGAUAGAGAGAAGUUGAAACCUGCAUACGAGAGGGAACUGAUGGCAGUGGUCAUGGCUGUGAGGAAAUGGAAACAUUACUUGUUGGGCAGGAAGUUUCAAGUGCACACGGAUCAGAGGAGUAUCAAGUAUCUCUUGGAACAGAAGGAAGUGAAUAUGGAAUAUCAGAGGUGGUUAACAAGGCUGUUGGGUUUUGAUUUUGAGAUUUUUUACAAACCGGGUUGUGAGAAUAAAGCUGCAGAUGGUCUUUCAAGGAGCAUGGCGUGUACGAUGACACUACUGGCAGUAACAGUUCCGUUUGUUUUACAGUGGGAAGAUCUUUAUAAAGAAAUUGAGGAAGAUGCAGUGAUUCAAGAUUUGAUCAAGAAGUUGACAGAUAAAAGUUUGGUGUCUGCGAAGUUAGUGGUUAUUGAAGGAAGGUUAUGGUCCAAGCAGAGAUUGAUGAUUCCUUCGUCAUCAAAGUUUAUACCUUUAAUUCUUCAUGAGUGUCAUGAUAGUAAGAUGGGAGGACAUUCAGGUGUAUUGAAGACUUUAAAACGAGUUCAGCGUUCCUUUACUUGGCGAGGGAUUAAACAGACAGUUAAGGAUUACGUAGCAGAGUGUAAUGUUUGUCAGACUCAUAAACAUUCUACUCUGGUACCGGCUGGUUUGUUGAAUCCUUUACCAAUUCCGACGCGGGUAUGGGAAGAUAUCAAUAUGGAUUUCAUUGAAGGCUUACCAACAUCAGGAGGAGUUAAUAUGAUUUUGGUGGUAGUGGAUCGUUUGAGUAAAUCAGCUCAUUUCAUUGGUCUCAAGCAUCCUUUCUCGGCGUCGGAUUUGGCUAAAAAGUUUGUUUCGGAGAUUGUGAAGUUACAUGGGUAUCCAGCUAGCAUUGUUUCAGAUCGUGACAGAUUGUUCUUGAGUAAUUUCUGGAAGGAAUGUUUCAAACUGGCUGGGACGAAGCUCAAGUAUAGCACAGCAUUUCACCCACAAACUGAUGGCCAGACGGAGGUCUUGAAUCGGUGUUUAGAAACAUAUCUUCGGUGUUUUGUUUCUUCACAUCCACGUACUUGGUCUCAGUUUCUUUGUUGGGCUGAGUAUUGGUAUAAUACUUCUUAUCAUACCGCGUUGCACGAGACACCUUUUAAAGUUCUUUAUGGGAGAGACCCUCCGGAGUUGUUGAGAUUUGAACAGGGCUCUACUAAGAACUUUGAUCUUGAAGAGUCUUUGAAACAGAGAGAUGCUAUGCUUGUGUGGCUGAAGAGGUGUUUAUUAAGGGCUCAGGAAGUGAUGAAGACACAGGCGGAUAAGAAGCGCAGGGAUGUGCAGUUAGUGGUGGGAGAUAUGGUGUAUUUGAAGCUCAGACCUUAUAGGCAACAAUCAGUGGUGCAGAGGUUUUGUCAGAAAUUAGCUGCUAAAUUCUAUGGACCGUAUAAGAUCAUUGAAAAGAUUGGGCAAGCAGCUUACAAGUUGGAGUUACCACAAGGUUCGAGAAUUCAUCCGGUGUUUCACAUUUCACAGUUGAAGAAGAUGAUAGGUCAACAUGUGCAAGCGACAUUGUUACCUCCAGUUUGUUUGGGUGAAGAGUUGCUAGAGUCGUUUCCAGAGGAUGUUUUGGCUAAACGCUUUACCAGCGAGGGAAAUACAGAGUUCUUGGUUCGUUGGGCUGGCAAAACUUCAAUGGAGGAUUCGUGGAUGUCUUCAGUGGAAUUCGUGGCUCGUUUUCCUUCUUACAAGCUUGAGGGCAAGCUUGGUUUCGAUGGGCGGGGUAUUGAUAGGUGCCAUAAGGUGUUCAUAAGGAAGAGGAAGGAUGGAGUUGAAGUGAAAGAACAGAGUGGGGAAGAAAAGCACGAGAGUGACGUGGAGGAGAAGAAAGAAGCGGGAGCGGUGAUCGGAGUCCUAACUCACUACAAAAAGAAUGAGUCGUUUAUAAGUAUUGGAAGAGCUGUUGAGAAAGGUACGGUUGGGUCUGGUUUAGUAUGUUUGUCGAUCACACCGGUCACAUUGACUGGUGAGAACUACGCUGAGUGGGUGUCAGACUUGGAGAAUGCGCUUCGUGCAAAGCGGAAGAUUGGUUUCAUUAAUGGAACCUUGUUGAUGCCGAACGAGAAAGAGAAGCCGGCGGAGGCUGAGGUGUGGAGAAACGUCAAAUCCAUGAUUGUGGGUUGGAUAAGAGCUUCAAUCUCUCUUAUGGUGCGCUCGGCGGUGACGUUCACACCGGAUGCCUACAAGAUGUGGAGCGACUUGAAGAGGAGAUUCUCAAUAGGGAAUGCUGUACGAGUUCAUCAGUUGAAGGCUGAGUUAGCAGCGUGUAAACAAGAUGGCUCGAGUGUCUUGGAGUACUUCAGCAGGCUUUCAUUGAAGUGGGAGGAGCUGCUGAACUAUAAGCCACUUCCGACAGGUACCUGUGGUGCUUCGGAGAAGAACAGUCAAGAUUAUGAAGAAGAGAAAGUUCAUAAUUUUCUUAUGGGACUGGAUGAUGCAAGGUUUGGGAAUCUCUGCACCACUAUUAUUGGGAUGGAUCCAUUACCAGACCUGAAAUCCGUGUAUCAAAGGGUCGUACAAGAAGAGAGAAGACUUCUGACGACUUGUGUGGAGACAAAGCAUGAUGCGAUUGGUUUUGCGGCUAAGACUGAUUCGUCUCAAGCUGACAAUGCAAACAUGAAUGGUUUGAUUGCUGCUGUAGCAAGAAGCAAAGGAGUAGUGUGCUCGCAUUGUAGACCAACAGGGCAUGAGAAGAAAGACUGUUGCCAGAUCAUCGGUUUCCAGACUGGUGGACAGAACGUAAUCAGGGCGGAGACCGCAGCAGUCGUGGCAGAGGGGUCGUGGACGCAGUGGACAACCACGAUCAAAUGCAAUGCAGGCUCAAAUCUCUGGUGGGACGAACUUUGGCUUGAGUGCAGAUCAAUGAGCCUCAUUGACAGCACUUCUGGAUCAACAAAAGUCACAACGUCACUCUCUUUUUAA